AGACAAGGGGAAUGCUUCGAGCGAUUCAUCAUAAACAACUGCGUAUUCUAGCAAAGCCAUAAUAUCUUCGUUUUCUUUAUAUAUUGUCAUUUCAAGAGGAGCUGUGUUCCUGUGCGUAUCUGCAUUAGAUAUUAUACUUUCGCUGUCGUCUUGGUAACAGAUGGACGCAUAUGGUGUUGCAUUGUGGGAUAUGCUAAUUCAGAAUUCAGAAGUAGAGCUGUCAACUUAAUCUUAUUGGUGGAGAUAGUAGCGGUUGCUGAUUAGAAAGAGGCUGUCCAAACUUCAACUUCAAUCGACGCACUGCCACGCACAAGGCCGGAUACUCUAUACGCGACCCAAACCCGUCCGUCGCCAACAUGUUCUGUUAUCAUUGUCCGAUUCCCGCUGCUAGCUACCCGUAUUUUGAGCAACGAGUGCCGACAGGGAAUAAUGCUCCUCUACCUUCUGUCGUGCCGCCUAUAUUUUCGACAUCAUCUUACGCAAACCACCAUGAAUUUGAUGACACUUUCUUGCGUAGGAAACAGCGCAGAAACAGGACCACGUUUACAGCCCAGCAGCUGGAAGAAUUAGAAUCGGCAUUUGGCAGGACACAUUACCCGGAUGUAUUCACGCGAGAAGACCUCGCAGUCAAAAUCAACCUAACAGAGGCACGUGUACAGGUUUGGUUCCAAAAUAGGCGAGCGAAAUGGCGAAAAACCGAGAAGGGCCGCCCAGACGAAACACGUGAUAGCGAAAACGAUAGACCGAUUUCUGUGGACGAGGACAGUGACACUACAAACGUCCAAGAGCAAACGAACUUUGAAAUUGCAACUGACAACCCUGUAUGUAAAGAAGACGAUCACCUAGACGAACAACUAGCAAGUGUUUCCCCCACCCUAAAAUCAGCUCCAUUACUAUGGAAACCAGGAAGAGUAUCAUCUCCAGUCGGGUCAUGUGAUUUCCCCGUGGAAGACAAUGACAAAUAUUGUAAAGCGGACUCAAGAUCUAGUACACCGACCGAGCAGAGCGACAAUGAUGCAUGUGAAGGUAGAUUGGCAGAAAGAGAUAUCACUCCCGGUGACGUAAUGAAAUCUACCAGUGAUGAUACUCUACGAAGAGAUACUUACAACAAUAAAUGCACGUCGCCUGUGGUGAAAGUAUCGUCGUUAGGGACGGCAGCCAUUAACUCGCCACAACUACAAGCAGAGUGUCAAUCAAAAUUUCUUUCGCUAUACUCGCCUUAUCACGUGCCAGUUCAGCACAAAACAUCAAGCGUCGCUGAACUUCGCCAGAAAGCCAAGGAUUACACAAAUGCUCUGAUGGGUGCUAUGUUAUAUAAUCGCAAUGGGUUCUCCCCGCGGUAACAAACAUUACGUCAUCUUUACACUGCUAGCAUAGUGACAUGUCAGGAGUUUCUUUUAAUCUUUUUCUUAUACAUGGAUGAAAAAUCACGUGUGGUCAUACCUAACUUAUGGCGCUUAUGAUAUCACCGUCUUUAUGUCAUCUCUCUUCGCACAACCUAAUUCAGUACUUACUGCAAUACGAGAAGCAGUAACACUUUUAUUCAAAUUUGUUGUCGUAUAUUUGUUUUCUGAUUUCAUAUCAAACUCGGAUGUUGCGUCGCUUAUGCUUACGCCGUCUGGCCGUUUCACGCUUAAAAUAAAAGAUGUUCGUCUUUGGAACACUGCUGUAAAUAUUCUAUUAAAUAACUUUCAGCAAUACAAA